UGCCCGGGCUGGGCUGGGGCCACGGCUGUGGUACCCUGGCAGCCGGCAUGCAGGAGCAGUGACCCCUGGGUGGCAUUGAGCAGUGUACAAGGGCUCACGCUCCCCCAGCACCAGCCCCUGCAGCCCCGCAUAUAUUUAGAAAAGUGCCCAGACCAAAAAUAGAGGGAAAAAGUUUCCCCAGUGGCUGUUUCAUCUGCCAGUCACAGUGAAAGCCAAUGGGGCAUGCAGCUGCCUCAUGCCCCAAUAACCCCUCGCCCACCGUCAGGUGGAUGGACAGACAGAGCUGGGCAGGCCUGUCCACACCCGGCUGAGGAGCAGGGGACCAGCCGGGAAGGGGCCCUGCAGCAUCCUGCAUCACCCUGCUGAGGGGAGCCGACCGGGCUCUGUCCUACAUGCCCGCCAACGGUGAGGGGUCCCCAUGCCGGAUUGCCACGGUGCUCCCAGCAUGCCAAGGCUGCUUUCUAUCAGAGGUCUUUGUUCCCGGUGCCUUCCCUGCGACAGGUUAGGGGGUCCCAUGGGACGCAGGGUGGGGACACUCCAGGUUGGGUCCCUGCACACCCGCCGGGCCGGGGGAUGGGGUGGUGGUUCAGCAGGUUGUGGGGUGGUCGUGUCUGGAGGGUGGCUGUCUUGCAGGGCACCGUGACGCGUGCCAUGGGGGACUGGAGCCUGCUGGGGCGGCUGCUGGAGAGCGCCCAGGAGCACUCCACCGUGGUGGGGAAGGUCUGGCUCACUGUCCUCUUCGUCUUCCGCAUCCUGGUGCUGGGGGCGGCUGCUGAGCGGGUCUGGGGCGACGAGCUGUCUGGCUUCUCCUGCGACACGCAGCAGCCUGGCUGCCAGAACGCCUGCUACGACAGCACCUUCCCCAUCUCCCAUCUCCGCUUCUGGGUCCUGCAGAUCAUCUUUGUCUCUACCCCCAGCCUUGUGUACCUGGGCCACAUCCUGCACCUGGUGCAUCUGGAGGAGAAGGCACAGCAGCAAGCAGCAGCACGGGCUGGCAGUGGGGCCAGGCGGCAGCGCCCCAGGCAGCCCCAGCUCCCUGUGGGGGACACGCGGGGACAGGUCUGCAUGCGCGGGGCCAUCCUGAGGACGUACGUCUGCAACGUCGUCUUCAAGGCUCUUUUGGAAGUGGGCUUCAUUGUGGGCCAGUACGCCUUGUACGGGUUCCAGCUGAAGCCCCUCUACACCUGCAGCCGCUGGCCCUGCCCCAACACCGUGAACUGCUACAUCUCCCGGCCCACUGAGAAGACCAUCUUCAUCCUCUUCAUGCUAGGGGUGGCCUGUGUGUCCCUGCUGCUCAACCUGGUGGAGAUCUAUCACCUGGGUCUCACCAAGUGCUGGCAGGGGCCAGGCCCCAAGUCCCGCAUCCUGCCCAGUCCUGGUGGCCCUGUGGGGACCCACAGCACCCGCGUCACCCUACCCAGCAGUGGCAGCCCCAUGGCUGCUGGCAGAGCACCUCAUGGCCUGGCACCCCUGGGGAAGGCGGGUACAUGGCUGGGGGGGGCCAGUGGGUCCCACGGGAAGGUGCGAGCUGCAGACCUGGCAGUGUGAAUGUGGCCUGCUGGGAUGCUCAGGGAUGGAUGAUGCAUGGGCGGCCACAGUUGUGGUUCUGUCUCCAGGCCCUGCCAGGCUUGUGGCAUGGACCCUGUGGCCAGCACAAGAGAUGGGCAUGGCCCCAGGAACGUGGCUUGGCUGCUCCCCGCGCUCCUGGGAGUAGUAGGGCUGGGCUGGGGCAGGGUCCUGUCAGCCCUGGGGGAGCAAAUAAACACCCAUUGCACCUCA